CGCCCUCCUGCGAGGAAAGGCCGACCAGGUAGGUGGUCCGGUGAGAGCAGAGAAGGGCAGCAUCUGCUUAUGCUAGGCUACUGCUUUCCCUCAGGGGACUCUGCUGUGGAGGAUAGUGGCCACAAAACCUGGGAGAGAGUCAUUUAAGGGACCCUGCUGUUUGGCAAGAGUAGUCACUGGGUAGAAGGCGGCUCUAGCAGGGCCUGACAUCAUCUGCUUUAGAGAUCUGUCGUGGUAGCAGGACACGUUCAGCAGUUCAGUUCCCUUUCUGCACCUUGCCCCACAGCACUAGAAGUGGGAACUGCAACCUGCUGUAUGUAGAGAUGGACAGCAGGCAGCAGCGCCCCCAGAGGAAGACGCUACAGUGGCAGCUCGCUCAAGAGCAAAGUCAACAGUCUCCCCAGCAGGGGCUUUCAGCAGCCUCCAGCCAGCCAGACACCAAGAGCAAGCCUCCGGAGGACCUGCAGACCCAAGACUGGGUAUGUGAGCCUCAGGAGCACAGGCGCCCAGGUACCUCCUGGAAUGUCAGCAUCGAUGAGCGCAGGCAUCUGGCCAUGCUGCAUAUGGAGGAGAGGACAAACCCAGCCAGGGACCCAUUCAGAAACGUGCUGGCCCUGCAUCUGGAGGACCAGCAGACUGAGCCCUCCCCACUGACCCAGCCUGUCCCAGACCUUUCCUUCCAGGCCGAUGAAAAUGUGGUGAGGGACAUCACACAGCUGGUGGCGGAGAUGAUGUCCGAGGGUAUAGAGAGAGACGUACUCCUCCCUCACCCCCUUAGACCUACAGAGUACUCCAACGCCUUACAGGACUUCUUGGCCCGGAAUGCACCCCCUUUGGAAGAAUGA